AUGGCUAUAUGGCCCUUCAAUCGGCGAAGACGUCGCACCAGCUCCUCCUCUAACGACGAAAAGGCACAGUCCAACCUCCCUGCCAACGCCGACCCCGCCGCCGCCGUUGCAGCAGCUUCGGCAGCUCCAACAGCCUCGAGGAGGUCUCCGUCCCGCAAGCUCAGUCAGCGCCUUCGUAGCACCUCCCACCAGGAAAAGGUUGUCGGGCGACCGUGGGUGGACCUCGAAAAGCGACCCAACUCCGACAAGGAGAACAUGCCUUUUGCAUACCAAGCCAGCGGAGGACACAAAAUGACGGCACUGCCAGGAAGUCGCAAACUCGACCAAAGCCCACACCUACGCGCCAUUGAUUCGGAAAAGCCUCGCAUACCAUAUAGCUUUCGUCCAUAUGCUGCUUCACAAACGAGUCUUCAGCGACAAGAAGCCACGGGAAAGCUUCAACGUCCCGCCACUCUACGAUCGAAGCGGAGCACUGGCGAAUACAGUGGUCCUGUACGGCGGACGUCCAGUAGAAGGUCUAAGAGACGCGACGAUCGCGUGCGGGAAGAAGAAAUUCGCAUGAUGUCUUCUUCAAUGCCCAUACCCAGACACGCUGGCGACGGACCGUUACGACGAGACAGCAAGAAGAGCCGUGGCGCUGCGGGUUUGCGGGACUCGAAUGUCUCGUUGCCUCCUCAGAAUUCCGUCCACUCUUCCACAUCGGGACCAAUGGAACAACGCGGGUGGGAGGUCGGCACCUUCGCUGUCUUCAACCCACGGCCCGCUGUGAGGCUGUCUGGGACACCGCAGUACGUUGUGUCGAGCAGUCUGCCUCCCAAUGGACCCGGCGUUCUCUACCACAUCGAAUCACGAAAUGACGAGUCGCGGAAUGGCAAACAAAAGACGAAAUCCAAUCGUGAUCCCAAACGGCAACUACCCACUGUCGGCGACGAAGCCGAUGAUCUCGAUUCCAGUGACAUUCGAGCUCUCAUGGAGCGCGAGGCUAAGCGACGACUUCGCCGAGACCAAGAAAAGUUGGAAAAGCUCGAUCGUAAGCUGAGGAGUAGAGCUGGACGCGAGCGAGGCGAUAGCGACAGGAAACGUCGCGAUUUGGCGGAACAGAAAGAGAAGCGAGCUGAGGAGGCAAGAUUACGUGCAGGGGAGCAGCUGCAAGCCCUCCGUUCACCUCCGUUACCCACAGCUGUGCAUCCUGCUCUUCGCGGAGACAUUUCUCCCCCCACUGCAGUCGAGCAAGUAGGACCAGGAAUCGUGAAACUAGAUGAGCCGCUCAUCGAUCUCACGACCGACGACGAAGCUGCUCCCGAGAAUCCUUUCGUGGACGCAAUGGAAGAGGUACCGCCUCUUCCGCAACCUGAAGAGAUGCAGGCAUCGGCCGGAGCCCCCAUGCCAACGCCAAUACCAUUGGGAACCCCAUUUGAGGAUGCCGUGCUUGAAACUGCCCAAGCAGUACGGUUUUCACAAGCAUACACGCCGCCGCUAUCGCCCGUGUAUCAAAGAGGAUCUGCUACGCACAGCUCAUCUCAGCUCACUGAGGCGAUCCGUCAGCAGAGUCUAUCGCAUCACAGCAUGUCACAUGAAAGUAUGCAGAGUGCUUCUGACGCACCAAGGCCUCCUCGAAUCGACUUCGACGAGCGUCGCAGCUCAGACCCAGCGAGUGUAUUCAAGGAGAGACGUAAUGGCACCUGGGCUGCCAUCUUCCGUCGUKGCGGCACCUUUCGCAGGGGAGUUGAUGACGGGAAGAGUACGCCAUCGGAGUUCUCCUUCUCGAACACUUCUCGGGAGUCAAUGAGGAAUCAGCCGAUUCCCGCGCAUCUCAUCGAUACUCAGGCAUACAGGCCUCCUCAAUCGCGCAGGGUGUCGGGUACGCCUGUAAGGACGAUGAGCAAAUUCAAAGAAGAUUUGGAUGAGAUGCCAGUGUCGCCACCAGACUCUCGAACACAAUCACCAGACGUGAUGCCAGUCGGCAUGAUGUCUGCGAGAUAUGGCGAUAGGUCAAUGGCGCAACCCAUUGACAUCCGGGCAAGGGCGGUUCGCCACGAUGGUCGCGCUAGUCCUCAUCGUCAAUUACCACAAUCCGCCUCCAUGGCUUCUGUCGGGUCCGAAGGAUCUUGGCUUGCCAGCGGCUCUUUGAAGCGGCAAUCUCACCAAUCAAGUCUCGCUAGGCCUUUCAGCAGACGCACUGCCGAUUUCAGUGCAAGUUACGAGGAUCUUGGUGGUAGCGACAAGGAUGCAGAGUACUUCACUACGAGUAACGCAGGAGGCACCUCACAUCCAAUGAGCAACCCUGCGAUCACGGGUGCAUCACAUGUCGAGGAGAGCGAAGAUGAGGAAGGGGAAACGACCCUCACCACUCCUGGCGAAGCACCACUCACCGUCCAUGACAGCAUUCGAAGAAAACCAACAAUUGUCGAACGUGAUUCAAGACUCAAGUCUCGCGAAGGACUGGUUACAGAAUAUCUGACCGCUGACAUGGAAUCGGUGGAGACUCCCCCAGAGGCGGAGGAGAGAAGUUCAAGCGACGAUGAGAUCGCCAAGCUUGAGCGGGCACGCAGCGUAACCACUGGUCCCAACCGUCACUCUCGUCAAUUCUCCGCGGGCAGCGCACGUCUUCUCGAUGUCCAACGAUCAUCAACAGACUUGACGCAGCAGAGAUCCCCGACGCCCACGAGAUCGAAUCUGAAAGAUUCAAUCUAG